GUUUUCCUUCCUUUCUAUAGUCCCCAGCCUUGCUGACAGAUGGCCUAAAGGAUUUCCCUACUUGUAAACCCCAGCAUGGAUGCUCAGCCUGUGGUCCUGAGUGUGGGCUCUUCUCCUUACACCACUCAGAGUGAUUUUCCAGUCCCGCUGAAAAAGUUUUAUCAGGGUGAACCUUUGGCUCUGGGGAUCACACAGAUAUUCAUAGGAAUUGUAGGGAUUAUUUUUGGGAUCCUGUUCGAUGUAACCAGAGAUUAUUUCGUGAUAUAUAGUGAGAUAAAGAUGCCUUAUUGGAGUGGAAUCUUGUACAUCAUCUCCGGAUCCUUAGCUGUGGUAGCUGCUCGGAAUCCCAGGAUGCCUCUGGUACAAAGCAUGGUGGCCAUGAAUGUGUUAAGUACUGUAGCAGCUGGAUUGGGCCUGGCGUCCCUGUUCGUCAGCUUCAGCGUACUCUUCCCAUUCGAUUUGUCUUGGUAUUGCCACAACCUUGAAAUAGAAAUUCAGGAAAAGUGUAAUCCAAUCCGAUUGUGGUUGUUUAUCAGAAUGUGUCUCCUGCCAGGGCUGAACAAUGUCCUCCCCUCGACUGUAAACAGGAAGGAAUUCAGUCCUGACUUGCUUUUCUUUCAUAGCAGCCAUUCUGGAGUGCAUUCACCUCCUGCAUCUUGAAGCCUUACUUUUUUUUUUUAAAGGACGUUUUUGAUCAGGGGAACAUAAAGGCUUUUAAUGGACGAAGGAGGGGCAAAGGAUCAUCUGUAAAAGAUCUUGCCAAUGUUCUUUGUUGCUGGUUAAAAUAUCAUUUUAUGAGCGGGUCGGCUGAGCCGUGGUGGUGCAGUGUUUAGAGUGCAGUACUUCAGGCUACUU